AUCGUGUUGCCCUAUGGAUAGCACGUGACUAAACCUUCAGUGUAUAUGUUUUGUGUUCUUCAGUCUUAUGUGUUUUGUGAUUAGUGUCAUGCAACAUUCAAGACUCAAGAGUCAACAAAAUGGCAUCAUAAACAAAAUAAUUUUGAAAUGCUUAAGUAAUUUUCAAGAAAACAAAACUUUUAAUGUAAAUUCCCUUAACCAGUGUUUUAUAUAUUCCGCUUCACAUAAAAGAGCCAUGGUGAAAGCCACCAAACAAAAAAAGGAAAGGCUGGGUGCAAAUAUUCACAACCUCUUAGAACAAAAUCAUAAAUUAACAGACUACUAUCAAAUAAGAAAAUCAGACAGAAGAACGAAAAGAGAGGUUCAAGAAGAGCGCAAAAAGUUAUUAGAGUACGCUUUACGUAAAGGUGUGGAGGAUGGGUUAGAGGUAAAAUGCAUCGAAAACAAGGGACGAGGUGUAUUCACAACCAGAGAUUUCUUGAAAGGAGAAUUUGUUGUUGAAUAUAGUGGAGAAUUGAUUGAUAUCAGUGAAGCCUAUAGAAGAGAAAAGAAAUAUGGCAUGGAUGAAAAUACAGGUUGCUACAUGUAUUAUUUCAAAUAUGAUGGCCAUCAUUAUUGUGUUGAUGCUACUGAAGAAACAGAAAAAAAAGGAAGACUAAUAAACCAUUCUCGAACUGGAAACCUGCUAACCCGAACUAUAAUUGUUGAAAGCAUCCCUAGGCUGGCACUAAUAGCAAAAACUAACAUUCAGAAAGGUGAUGAGCUGCUCUAUGAUUAUGGAGAUAGGUCUAAGGAGUCUCUUAGGCAUCACCCAUGGUUGGCCUGUUGAUGUGAUACUACAGAGAGAACAGAUUUUGUUCUUUUAUUUUCUGCCUAAUGCUGAAACUUUCUUCUGUUACUUAAGAUCUAAGUAGUGUAAGGAAUCACACUGCCAGUUGGUGCUGACAUAGCUUGAACCAUUCAAUGUAUUUAAUCAGUGUUAGACAAAACCAAAAAAUUUAAUUUAGAGUUAGAUAUUUUGCAUAGCUUAAAUUUUGACCUUACAUAAGCAUUGAUUAUCAUGGUAUUGACCACAAUAUCUUUGCAGUUGGAACUGUAGAAAUGGUCAAUCAGUAAUAUGGAAAUUGAGAAUGACACCUGAUGCCUGAAUUAGCAUUUUUGUACUUUCUGUAUUUCAAAAAGUACAGAUAUAAAGAAUAUGUUUUUAAGACUGAUGUUUGGAAAGCUUCCAGACAAUCAUUGAUCAAACUCAGUGUUUUAUUGCAUUCAUUGUUAAGCAUUUGAUCAUGUUGAAUUGAUCCAUUUAUUAUUGAACAGCAGCAGACUGUCUUAUAUAAAGUGAUUGGUUCCUGAUAUGAGGCGUCUCACUGCAAAAGGGCCUAUAUCCCCUUCCACUAAUUUUCCACAAUUGGCGAAAAACUGUUCUAAGUUAAAAGUUGUAACGGCUAUAAUUUUGUUUUGAACUGUUCCUAUUGGGUUAUAAAACAAAUACAAGCAACAAAAAUAAUAAAAAUAAUAAUGGAGUGAGUAAAGCGGAUGUAAUUUAGCUAUAGAGUUUGGAUAUAGAACCAUUUGCUGUAACAAAAUGGAUAAAGGAACUUUUGCCCCAGCUGUAUAAGGGUAUAGGCUGUUUUGACGCAAUAACACACUUAUGGACGAUUCUACCGCCUCGCUAUAAACUUUCCUGGAAUAAUCCCCAUAAUAUAUAUUGUUGAGACAAUUUUCAACUUAGAAUUUAUUUUAGGAAUGAGCUUAUUACAUGGAGGUAGAUCCAGCACAUAGAUGGAAUAAACAAGCAAACAUUUAUUUCCCUUAAAAAAAAAAUACAUAUGUCUACAAGAAAUCAAAACUAAGAUUCUUUAAGAUCAACUCAAUGCAUUUUGAGAAAAUAUAAUAAGUAUUACACCCGCUCAACGAGAUGUUCAUGUUGAUGUCCUUCACAGAACUCAUUAACUUCUUCUUCGAGGUCUUCAUCAGUUUCGUUUGUUGCUGCUGUAUGGCUAGCUGUCACAUCGGCCGUGAUUCCCAACACAUUUUUGUAGAAGGAGCAUUCUUCCAUGGUGUCCCAGGUCUCGCCGAAGUGCUUUUUCAAAAGGUUUUUAACAUCUUGGACCUUAGCUGCUUUCAAUGCAACUCCCAUUGGUAUUUCAUCAGGCAAUGGGAUUGAUUUUAUUUUGACACCAUUUUUAACAACUAAUUUGCCAUUGGUUAAAUCACUGCUGUAAGAUACUUCACCCCUAACCAAUAUAUUUUGUUGUUUGGAUUUAGUGAGGAUGAAACGCUUUGCUUCGUUAAACUUGAAGUGCCACGAUGUAGUUUUUUUAUAGUAAGUCCCUACUAAAGUUUUAGAGUCGUAAACCUUCAAGUCAGUGCCAAGCUUAAAAAUUGUGGAAUGCUCUGAAAAAACUGUUUCAUAUUCUGAUGGUUGUAUUAUUACUGGUAACUUACGCAGUUUUUUCUCUAUGGAAGCAAACACACGAUCUGCUGGCAAAAACGAGUGUCCAGUGAUAGGGAAAAUCAUGUGUAUUUCCUGAAUGUUUAGAGGUGCGACUCGUGCUAAGUAGCUCAGCAUCCCAAUCAUAACUGAGUUGCGGUUUUGCCCACCGGAUCCAUCGGCGCAUAAUCUAAUGACUGAGUAAGAUGUCAAGUCAAGGAGUGACAAUUGAUGGAAAACUGCUGAGGCAAUUUCAUUAGCACCCUUUCUAUGUUCAUGUUCCAUCCAUGUAUAACAGUAUACAUUUUCCGUAUUUAAAGAGUCUUUUGAGCUUCCUUUUACGAUCGAGAAAUUGUAUAUAUACAUUUGCCUGCUAUAGUAGACGGUCUUAUCCUUAACAUAAGGUAGAACCAGAUUCUUCUGGCAGUCAAAACUCAGUGUUAAGAGAUCUUCUCUUUUUCCUUGCAGUUUUCUGAAAAACACUUUGUAUCGCAUUCUGUGAAAUGUAAGUUCACUCAUUAUUUUACUUUUAUUCUGCGGACUGGCCUCAUUUUUUAUUUUAGGUUUUAGUUCGAUACACAGAGAGCAGGCAUCGGUGAUAGGCGUGCCAAACCCAAUGUUGUACUGCGUGGUAAAAUUUUUUUGGAUAAACGUUUUCUUUGAUUUCAGUGAUUCAUCACUCUGUUCAUUGUUGUACAUACGAUAUAAUUUGUUUAUACUUAAGUUUCCUGGCAAGUAUCGUCGAUGCACGGACUUACCUCGAGAAUAGUGGCUUUCACAACAUUUUAAUUUUUCUAUGAAUGUUUUAAUAGCGACCUUUUUCUUGUCAUAAAGAGGAUUUGGCCUCGCCCCACCUCUCUUGUCAACCGGCAUUCUUCCCGUGUUCAGAAAUUUCCUAGCUAAAUUCUGAAUUCUCUUACGUGAUACUUGAAGGACGUUGACGAAGGUUUGUUGACAAACACGUAUACAAAACUUUUCUGUACCGGACACUCUAAUGUAGUAAUUUGUACUAACCUUAUUCGUAGAGGUAAGUUUCUUUUUUGGACGUGGUCUUUUUGCACUUGUUACCUUCACAUGUUUAAUGAUAAACGCAUCUUGGGAGUUCUUUGCGCGCGUAGAGUAAAAAUUCUCAUGGAAUUCUUUGAUGUCUCUCAUUGUUAACUUUCUGCACUUGAAGGACUUGUUAAGGUGGCCGCAACAAGGAUAUUCUGGUGGUCCUGGAGGAUCAUAUCUACAAAAAAUUAACUUGAUAGCUCGCAAUAGAAAGUAUGCAAUAUUGUUAGGCGUGGUCUGGAGACCAAAAGGCAAGGGCACUCGACAUUAAAUGGUGAAAAAGGUACUUCUCAAAAUAUUGAAAACGAAAAAAAAAUUAAUUACACAACUUUUUUACUUGCUGAUUCGCUAUAUCUGUCAUGACAAGGAUAAGGUACCUACCUUUUAGAUUUUGCAACGUUCCUUUUCCAUUUACUAGGAUCUCCAGUACUCCGCCUAGCUUUUCCCGGUUCCGAUGGGGUAAUACUCUCGUUCAUAGUCAACAAACUAAAGAAGUUUUAUUACAAUCCUAUACUUCACAAUACAAACAACAAUCUCCUUUCGAUACUAAACUCUAAUAAACGUAAAACCCACGGCCUUGAUGAAACUCGAAGCCGCAUGACAGAAUUCUAGUGGUUUGAUUGGCUUGUUGGAUAUAGGCCUGUUUGACGCGUUGAUGAUCGUAAAUAUAGAACCUUUUGCCGCGACACCCUAUAUUUCAUCGUAGUUUUAUAUGGGAUAAAGACACCUUUGACAUAUGAAUUCUUGACCAGUUGAUGCGGCUAUCGAUACAGAUAUCAUAACCGCCUUUUACUCACUUUUUACCAAAAAUGGAUAUAGGCCCUUUUGCUGCGACACGCCUCAUAUUUGAGUUAAAUCAAAAAUGUUCUUAGUAUUCUUGGUAUAUUUAAGACUCGCAAUAAUUUCAAAAAGUAUGUGUUAAUACUUUGCAAGGAGUAUUGGUAAUAAUUACACAGGUUAGGAAUUUUUAAAACUGGUCAGCUUUAUAUUUCAGCUGGUGGAAUAUUUUAAUCAAUGUUUCUGUCUGUCCAAAAUUGCAGUUCCCUUCAUGCUACGGAUUUAUCAACUGUUUUAAAAUUACUCUACCAGUGGGUUCUUGAUCACAAUUUAUUAUGAUUAUUACCACUUAUACAGUAGUGUCUUUGUUUUCUAGUUGCUUAUUUUUUAUGUAGAUUUUAAGUAAUUUAUUUCUCAAUGUAUACCUGAAUCAAUGCAGUUUUUUCUGUAUAAAAAUUUUACAAUUCUUUUUAAUAAAUCAUUGCUGAU